AACCUCAGUGAAUGAAAGGCAGUAUUGUAGCAGGGUUGCAUUGAGAGUAGUUAAAUGUUGGCUACAGAAGCUAGUUGUGUUAAACGAGUAGCCCGUGUUUAGUCAGGGAUGCCUUUUUCGUUUUUUAAAGUACAAAACUUUUGGAGCUAACUUAAGUUUUGAGGGAAGAGUUUAGGAAGAAGCGCGCACGGGGAAAAUAAGAAAAUAACCAAAAUGGAGAGUCAAGAAGGAGCAGCAGCAGCAGUAGCAACGAGAGACUGUGUGCUUGACUUUUCACGUCUUAGUUUAAAUACUUUCAACGUUAACAAUGUCAGCGAGGAUAGACGGAGGGACACCAGGCAGCUCUUCCUAAACUACAACCGACUAUCCUCGCUGCCUUCGUCGGUCAGCCUAUUCUGCAACCUGGAGUUUUUGGACAUUAGCAACAACGGGCUGACGGCCAUCUGUGAGGGCAUCACCAGACUCACCAAGUUAAAAACCCUCUUAGCCAAGAACAACCGCCUGGACGAGUUCUCUCUGCCCAAGGAGUUCGGCUCUCUGCAGCUGGAAGUGUUGAAUUUUAGUGGGAACCGCUUCCAGGAGAUCCCGCUCCAGUGUACCAAACUGUUGCGCCUGCAGUCGCUUUCUAUCGGCGGAAACAGGCUGAAAAGUAUUCCUGCAGAGAUAGAAUAUUUAACAAGUUUGGAGAUGUUGUAUUUGGGUGGAAACCUCAUCUCAGACAUUCCUCCUGAACUGGCACACCUGCCCUACCUCACCUACCUGGUACUAUGUGACAACCGCAUCCAAAGUGUCCCUCCGCAGCUCGCCAGGCUCCACUCUCUACGAUCUUUAAGUCUCCAUAACAACCUGCUCACCUACCUGCCUAGAGAGAUCCUCAGCCUGGUGCACAUGCAGGAGCUCAGUCUUAGAGGCAACCCUCUUGUGGUGCGCUUUGUCAAAGAGAUGAUUUACGACCCUCCUUCGCUCCUAGAGCUAGCAGGACGUACCAUUAAAAGCAGAAAUAUUCCCUACUCUCCAUACGACAUGCCUUCCAACCUAGUGCGCUACUUGGACCUUGCCAGCAAGUGCCCUAAUCCCAAAUGUGCUGGUGUUUACUUUGAUUCAUGCGUGCGACAGAUCAAAUUCGUUGACUUCUGUGGAAAGUACCGGCUGCCCCUCAUGCACUACCUGUGCUCCCCGGAGUGCACGUCUCCCUGCAGCUCCAACCCUCAGAGCGACGCAGAGUCUGAGGAGGAGAACAGCGUCCCUGCAGACCGCCUCCAAAGGGUCCUGCUGGGAUAAUCCCACACUGAGAAUACUAAAGGAAAAAAAAAUGCAGAGCUUGCCUCAAACUUUGCCGCACAUACAUCCAUCAAACCUCUCCUCACACGCAGUAAAGGUUUUACGUUCAGCUGCUUAUACGCACAGAAUACUAGAGAGUCAUUUCUGAGACUGGGAAACUUCAAUUCUUGGAUUUGGUCUGUUUCAUCUCACCAGAUUAAUAUUUGACUAAAAGAAGGAUUUGGGCUCCAGGUUCCAACCUCAUGAACCUAUUUUCCUGUGCUUGAACACAGGGGGGCGCUAACAUUUCUCUUUGGACUAUGAAGACUGAAGGACUGAAUUUCUUGCAACACUUCAACCUUUUUAGUAAAUAUGUCACAAUUUGUAUUUAAAGAAUGGAUCUGAAUCUUUUCUUGUAGGAGCUGCAGUUGAUCUCCAUUUCUGCGACCAAAUGAUCAACAUGUGCGGUCAGGAAGUAUUUACCAGGUUCUGGCACUAAAGUAUGGAAGAUGACCUUUAUAAACCUAAUGGUGUCCUACCUGUUAUUAAGCUCUGUAGCAAUUUUCUUUUUUUUUUUUUUUUUUUUUUUUUUUAGCAAUGCGAUCUUUUCAUAAACCAUGUUUUGGAAGCACAGAGGCUUAGUUUUAUUAUAUUAACACAGUCGUACAGUAGUGUACUUGUACAGGCUUACUUACAGGAAGUGGACGUGGGGUGGACCAGGGAAAACUAUGUGAGCACGGAAACAAUAGCUAUUGAAGAGUUUCAGCCGUCAUGUGCGUUCAGGGCGGUUGGCUUUCUCUUGUUCGACACAUUUGAACACAUCUCAUUGUUUUUGUUUUAUGUCAGAUGAUGGUCUUCUGUUUACAAUUUUUUUUCUAAAAGCUUUGUGUUGAGAAAUCUUUUUUAUCUCGCACGCUUUUUUUUUUAUUAUUCUUUAUUUAAAAAAAAUAAAAACAGAAGAACUGUUACAACCGCACCAAUAUUUUAAUAAUGUGCCUUAUUAAUGCUGAUUUCUAACAAGUAAUCCGAGAUAUAAAAGCUGUGACUACAUAUUCACCCUAAAAUGUGAUGGACMUAAUAUUAAGAGGUAUUAKGAACAUGAGUUAACCAGUGAAAAACAUUUUAUAACAAAAUGAGCUUUUAUAAAAGCAUUCUGUAAUGUCAAACUCGCAAUUUAAAUGUCCUUCAGAAUCUCUUGACCUAUAGUGUGUAUGUGGGUUUACUCCUAACAUGGUGUAAGUGAACAGAARGGAAUAAAACAUUUUAUUACCUUA